AUGAUAAAAGACGAGGAUUCCACCUUUAGAAUAUUUGUAAUACUACUCAACUCCUUGUCCUUUAUACUCACCAUCCUAAUUCUGCUGUUUAUAUGCAGAAUAAAACAGCUUCAUGAAAGACAAGGUCACACGAUUCAAAUUGUUCUCAUUUUAGAAUGCAUGUUCUCCUUUUUCUUAAUACUUUCACAAUUUUAUUUCGACGCACAUGAUACUUAUGAGACAACAUUUUAUGUGGACAAUUAAGGCAAAGGUUGCAUAGCAAUUGGCAUACUUAAUGUAUUCACAUCAUUCGCAUAUUUUACAAAUAUCAACCUUUACUCCUUCGAAUCCUUGGGCAUAUUGAGUUCGAAAUUCAGCAAGAAUUACAAAUUGCGACAUUUGGCUGUUGUGUCAGGUUCCACAUUUUUUGCUCUAUUGGCAUUCUUAUUCGAUGCCAUAGGAUUCAACAAAAUAGGCAUGUGUUCCUUACUUCCUGAAAAUCUGUUCGCAGCAUUUUUGUUAAUACUCACAUCCAUCACCUUCAUUAUAUUAGUUUGGACUUGUACAUAAAUUCAUGGACUAAGAAAAGUACUAGGCAAAGACUUGACUUCACGGAUCUAAGACAAAAAGUACAAAGUGAAUUUGAUUUACAUCAUAACUUUCCUCAUCAUUAGAAUACUACCGGUAUUGAUCUUGACAAUCAUUUCUCUUGCAGAUAGCGAUACAGAAACCUACAAUGUUGCUUUCUAUGUGUUAGCAAUCCCUAUGUCAUUAGGAGGAGUGUGUUUGAGUUCGAUCAGAUCUCAAGAACCAACAAUUCAGGAUUAUUUGACUCGGAAACUGCAAAAAUAAAAAUCUGGAAUUGUCGAACUUUCCUUACCCAAAAUGGAAGCGAGAGCCUUGAGCAACUCCAUUUCGAAUUUGAGUUCAGAUUCCUUGAUUAUUAAAACACAUUAUCUCUCUUACCUGCAAGGAACGACGAGAGACAACAGUGUAGCCUAUCGGAAGACCUGUUUGGACAAUGAAGAAUUGGUUGCAAAACUGACAUCUCAGAUGGAAAAUAAUCAGAUUAAGUUGAAAUUCAAUGAAUUCCUCUUUAUAUUCAAAAUAAUCAGAGAAAUGAACACCAGUUAAAUAAUACCCAUUACGAUUACGAAUUUAUCACAUUAUCACAUGAAACACAUGAGAUAGAAGAUCAUCUAUUUCGAUUGCGAUUCCGACUUAAAUGUCCCAGAAAUUGUAUGCACCAGUUAUGCAGAAUCCGUUUUCAUUUAAAUACACUCAAUCGAAUAAUUUAUUACAUCAUUUGAUGAACAAUUUAAUAAACAUUUUGUAGAAUAACUGCAAAACUCUAAACUGAAAUCAUAAACUAAUACCCUAACCACAUACGACGGAGAAGUACUUAUCUCCAUUAUUAAUAAUUAAGCCAAGAGAUAUUUGACAAGGCAUUUACUGUCAGCUAUUUACAACUUAAGCAUUUCUGCCUAGAGAUCAUUCAUCCCCCCCAUGAUUGGACUCUACUCAAUCGUGAAUGAGGAUAAUCAGUUCUCAACUCUAAUCUAGAGGAAUCUCCUCAAUUCCAUCGUCUUGGAGCAGUAAGGCUUCAAAAUCUAAGGGUUCUUCACCUAUUAGGUGGGCCAAGUCGACGAGGAAAUCAAGGGGGGAAGUGACACCUAUGCCAAGAUGAAGAUGAAUCCCAAGGUGAAACAAGAAUUUCUCAACACCCUCAAUCAGGACCUGAUGAUCCUUAGAGAUCAGUUUUUGUGGGGAUACUCCUUCUCCGUGAUCUAUUUGGAGGCCGAAGAGGGAAUUAAGAUGCCUCCAAAUAUGUACAAGACUCGCAAUGGAUAUGUGGUUGCGAGUCUAGGAGGUAUUUUAGAUUAGUUCUGGAUUUCCAAUAACGAAACCACUGCCCACCCAGAACUGUACGCAUCGUAAUUAGCUUAACAAAUUGAUUUAUUAUUAUGA